CUCAUUUUUCUUGUUUGGCCAAUUCCUUGUUUGAGUGAUGUGAAAUGUGAAAUAAAUCCUAAAAUAAAAUUGUUGUUAUUUAACAUAGUUCAUAUUUCGUAAAUUAGUACAAAAAUGGAUGAAGUUGCUAAAUUAGAACAUUUGUCCCUUGUUUCAAAAGUGUGUACUGAAUUAGACAAUCACUUGGGUUUAAAUGACAAGGACUUGGCCGAGUUUAUCAUAGAUUUAGCGGACAAGAAUCCAAAUUUUGACGAUUUUAAGAAGGCAUUGAUUGAAAAUGGGGCCGAAUUUUCUGACUCAUUCAUGACGAAUCUCCUGCGUAUAAUACAGCACAUGAAACCAGCCAAUACUUCUUCCGACACCACAGAAUUAGACACUCAUAAAAAUCCUUUAGCAUCCAAAUUUCCUGGAUUGGCAAUACCCAAUGAGAAACCACCUGUGUUUUCAUCAGAUGAUGAGAGUAGUGAAGAGGAAGAGGAUAAAAAGAUAAAAAGAGUAACUGCCAAGGAUGUUUUCAAAGAUGAGUCAAAGCCUAUCAAGAAUGAUGCUGUUGUUGAUGCUGCUAUGGCGGAAUUGGAAGCUUUAGCCCCUUCUAAAUCUGAUGCCAAAGUUGAAGCAGUCAGACCUGAUAUAAAAAAGGAUGAGCUAAAGGAGAGUAAAGACCGCAGUCGUAAAAGAGACAGUUCUAGGGACAGGAAGAGUAGACGUAGUAGGAGCAGAGGUAGGAGAAGCAGGAGUAGAGAUAGGAGAAGUAGAAGUAGGGACAGAAAGAGGAGAUCUAGAAGUAGACAUCGGCAGAGGUCUCAUUCGAGGGACAGACAUCGAUCUAAAUCUAGGGACAGGCAUAGGUCGAAGUCUAGGGAAAGGCAGAGAUCUAGAGAGAGAGACAGACGCAGAAGGUCCAAGUCAAGGGAGAGGAGGUCGAGGUCACGCGGCAAGAGGUCACAUUCUCGUGGCAGGGAGGAUAAAUAUAGUGAUUACACAAAGAGGCCGAGAAAACGUAGCCCUGAGGUGGAGAUGAGUGAUGACCCUGAACCAGGAAAAAUAUAUAAUGGCAGGGUCGCGAACAUUGUACCGUUUGGGUGUUUCGUGCAAAUAGAAGGUGUGAGGAAGAGAUGGGAGGGUUUGGUUCACAUAUCACAGCUCAGAUCUGAGGGAAGAGUCACCAAUGUCUCCGACGUGGUGUCUAGAGGGGACAAAGUUAAGAUCAAAGUACUAUCAGUGACUGGUCAGAAAGUCUCCCUCACCAUGAAGGAUGUGUGCCAAGAGAGUGGCAAAGAUUUGAAUCCCACCUCGCAUGCACAUUUGGAGGCGGAGCGCGAAGGGCGCAAUCCAGACCGGCCGGCCCCCGCGGCGGCCGUGCUGGCGGGGCUGCAGGGCGCGCUGGACCCCGACGAGGACUCCAGCAGGAAGCGGGUCACCAGGAUCUCCAGCCCCGAGCGCUGGGAGAUCAAGCAGAUGAUAUCAUCGGGCGUCAUAGACAAAAGCGAGCUGCCAGAUUUCGACGAAGAGACCGGUCUUCUCCCGAAGGACGAAGACGGGGAAGCCGAUAUCGAAAUAGAGUUAGUGGAAGAUGAGCCUCCCUUCCUCCAGGGCCACGGGCGGGCCUUGCAUGACCUGUCACCUGUCAGGAUUGUCAAAAACCCUGACGGAUCGCUAGCCCAGGCGGCCAUGAUGCAAUCCGCUCUAGCCAAGGAGAGAAGGGAGCAGAAGAUGAUACAAAGAGAACAGGAGAUGGAGAGUUUGCCAACUGGUUUGAACAAGAAUUGGAUUGAUCCGUUACCAGAGACGGAUGGUAGGGCUUUGGCUGCUAACAUGAGGGGAUCAGGCAUCACUCCGCAGGACUUGCCGGAGUGGAAGAAGCACGUGAUUGGAGGCAAGAAGUCGUCGUUCGGAAAGAAGACUAAUUUGUCGUUGUUGGAACAGAGGCAGUCUCUGCCUAUUUAUAAGCUUAGGGAUGAGUUGACAAAGGCUGUAGCUGACAACCAAAUCCUCAUCGUUAUCGGUGAGACUGGCUCCGGGAAAACCACUCAGAUCACUCAGUACCUCGCUGAAUGUGGUCUGACCGCUCGAGGGAAGAUCGCUUGCACCCAGCCCCGGAGAGUGGCGGCCAUGUCCGUGGCCAAGCGAGUGGCUGAGGAGUUCGGCUGUCGCCUGGGGCAGGAGGUGGGCUACACCAUCCGGUUCGAGGACUGCACCAGCCCCGAGACCGUCAUCAAAUACAUGACAGACGGCAUGUUACUCCGCGAGUGUCUCAUGGACCUGGACCUGAAGUCCUACUCCGUGAUCAUGCUGGACGAGGCCCACGAGCGCACCAUCCACACGGACGUGCUGUUCGGCCUCCUCAAACAAGCCGUCCAGAAACGACCUGAACUCAAACUCAUCGUCACCUCAGCCACCUUGGACGCUGUCAAGUUCUCCCAAUACUUCUUCGAAGCACCCAUCUUUACAAUACCCGGAAGAACCUUCCCCGUAGAAGUCUUAUACACGAAAGAACCAGAAACAGACUACCUGGAUGCGUCUCUUAUAACCGUUAUGCAGAUACACCUGAGAGAACCGCCCGGAGAUAUACUGUUAUUUUUGACCGGUCAAGAGGAAAUCGAUACCGCUUGCGAGAUUUUGUACGAGAGAAUGAAGUCUCUAGGGCCGGACGUGCCCGAGCUGAUCAUUCUGCCGGUGUACUCGGCUCUGCCUUCGGAAAUGCAGACCCGCAUCUUCGAACCGGCCCCGCCCGGCUCCAGGAAAGUGGUGAUAGCCACCAACAUAGCGGAGACGUCGCUGACGAUAGACGGCAUAUAUUACGUGGUGGACCCCGGCUUUGUGAAGCAGAAAGUGUACAAUUCUAAGACUGGAAUGGACUCGCUGGUUGUAACUCCAAUCUCGCAGGCAGCAGCCAAGCAGCGGGCCGGUCGAGCUGGUCGGACGGGGCCCGGGAAAUGUUACCGACUGUACACAGAGAGGGCCUACAGAGACGAGAUGCUGCCCACGCCCGUGCCGGAGAUACAGCGCACCAACCUCGCCACCACAGUGUUACAACUGAAGACGAUGGGCAUCAACGAUCUGCUUCACUUCGAUUUCAUGGACGCGCCGCCCGUGGAGUCUCUCAUCAUGGCUCUCGAGCAACUGCACUCGCUGUCCGCCUUGGAUGCCGAGGGGCUACUCACUAGACUCGGGCGGAGGAUGGCCGAGUUCCCCCUAGAGCCGAACCUGUCAAAGAUUCUCAUCAUGUCGGUGGCCCUGCAGUGCUCCGACGAAAUACUCACGAUCGUGUCUAUGCUCAGCGUGCAAAACGUCUUCUACCGGCCAAAAGACAAACAAGCCCUCGCCGACCAGAAGAAAGCCAAGUUCAAUCAGCCCGAAGGCGACCAUCUCACCCUGCUUGCGGUGUACAACAGCUGGCGGAACAACAAGUUCUCGAACGCGUGGUGCUACGAGAACUUCGUGCAGAUUCGAACCCUGAAGAGAGCUCAGGAUGUGAGGAAACAGCUGCUGGGCAUCAUGGAUAGGCACAAAUUGGACGUGGUCUCCGCCGGCAAGAACACUGUCCGUAUUCAGAAGACGAUCUGCUCGGGCUUCUUCAGGAACGCCGCGAAGAAGGACCCCCAGGAGGGGUACCGCACCCUGGUGGACAGCCAGGUGGUCUACAUCCACCCGUCCAGCGCGCUGUUCAACCGGCAGCCUGAAUGGGUAAUCUAUCACGAGCUGGUGCAGACUACCAAGGAGUACAUGCGCGAAGUCACCACCAUAGAUCCAAAAUGGCUGGUAGAAUUCGCGCCGGCCUUCUUCAAGUUCUCAGACCCAACUAAACUGUCUAAAUUCAAGAAGAACCAGAGACUUGAACCUCUUUACAAUAAGUACGAGGAACCCAACGCCUGGAGAAUAUCGAGGGUGCGAAGAAGAAGGAAUUAAAUAUUAUAAAUAAGAUAAUAAAUGUAUUGUAAACA